CCAAGUGUGUGUCAUGUAAAUGCACACAUUUGCCUUUGGGAUCACCCACGGAUAUAUCGGCCUCUUGGGGCCCACAGGUGUUCUCCCUUCUUGUCUAAGGAAACAAUGCAGUUUGCCACACUGGCCAAAAGGGGCUGUGCCAAGGGAGUGAGAAGGUGGAGUCCUGAGUGAGCAAGAGCAGCCCGAGAGUGUUUCCAGCUAACUAGACCUCAAGUGAUACUCGCCGACCUGUGGAUGGAUUAACAAGGUGCUGGCUGCUGUUGCCCUGUGCUGCAAGUAUCUUUCAACAUUUACCCAAAGCUCUUCUGCCCAUACUAUACACAUGGAGCUGAAGGAGACCACCUGUGAUCACUCGGGAGUGCACAAUUUGGCCUUCCAGAGCGACUGUAAAGGUGUGGAUGUUACAAAUAUGAAAGGUCCUGGAGAUAAUUCACAGAGAAUGAAGAAUUCAGGAAAUAAGAAAACUGUACAUAUUAACCAGGAGGAUGAAUACAUCAAUAUUGAGAGUGAUCUGCAUGAAAACAAACGUGACUCAGUAGAUGAUGAGCAACCACGCUUGAAAGGACAUUUAGAAAAGAAAUAUAAUAAAGCCUGUGAAUUUUGCAAGAAACAUAAGACCAGAAUUCACUAUGCAAUCUAUGGAAUUUUAACAACAGCAUAUUUGGCAGUAGUCGUUGCAGCCUGCAGCUUGAAUUUUCAGAGAGCCUUCCCACUCUUUAUCAUCACUGUCCUAGCCAUCUCCUUCAUCUGCUGGGAUUUUUUAAUAGCUAAGUAUGGAGACAGAAUUGCUGCAUACUUUUCCGCUGGAGUACAAAAUCUGGAGAAACAGUGUUUUUGGCUGAAAUGGGUUUUGUGUGCAGCUCUUAUUAUAGCUAUCAUCUGCUGGCUCAUCUUUGACACAGCAAAACAAGGAUCCCACCAGCUGAUCUCCUUUGGUGGGCUUGUGUUGUAUGUUCUCUUGAUGUUUAUCUUUUCCAAAUAUCCAACCAGAGUUGCUUGGAGACCAGUAUUUUCAGGAAUAGGAAUGCAAUUUAUUCUUGGGCUGCUUAUCCUGAGGACCAAAGUGGGGUUUGAUGUAUUUAACUGGCUAGGCAUUCAGACCCAGACUUUUCUGGAGUACUCUGACACAGGUGCUAAGUUUGUAUUCGGUGAGAAAUAUAUGGAUCAUUUCUUCGCUUUUAAGGUACUGCCUAUUGUGGUUUUCUUCAGCACAGUGAUGUCUAUGCUUUACCACAUUGGAUUCAUGCAGUGGCUUGUUGGAAAGGUUGGUUGGAUAAUGCAGAUUUUCAUGGGGACAACUCCUGUUGAGUCUCUGGUAGCUGCGGGUAACAUAUUCGUGGGACAGACAGAGUCGCCUCUCCUGGUACGGCCCUACUUACCAUACAUCACCAAAUCUGAACUCCAUGCAGUCAUGACAGCAGGAUUCUCAACUAUUGCUGGAAGUGUCUUAGGAGCAUACAUUUCUUUUGGGGUUUCUGCCUCCCACCUACUGACUGCUUCCGUCAUGUCAGCACCAGCAUCAUUAGCCACUUCCAAAUUAUUCUGGCCUGAAACUGAAAAGCCUACAGUAACUCUGAGUGGGCUGCGGGUGGCAAAAGGUGAAUCAAAGAACCUACUGGAAGCAGCCAGUCAAGGUGCUUCUACAUCCAUUCUGCUGGUAGCAAACAUCGCUGUGAAUCUGAUCUCCUUCCUUGCCCUGCUAGCUUUCCUUGACUCAGCCCUGUCUUGGGUGGGCAGUCUUUUUGACUAUCCACAGCUGAACUUUGAGAACAUUUGUGCCUAUGUCUUCAUGCCGUUGUCUUUCAUGAUGGGGGUAGACUGGGAAGACAGUUUUACUGUCGGUGGACUACUAGGUUACAAAACUUUCUUCAAUGAGUUCGUGGCUUAUGAGCGCCUCUCACAACUGAUUCACAACCGAGAAAAGGGUGGAAGCAUGUACAUUAAUGGUGUGAAACAGUACAUGACUGUUCGCUCUGAAGUCAUUGCCACCUAUGCUCUUUGUGGGUUUGCCAACUUCGGCUCUCUGGGACUGGUAAUAGGAGGCCUGACAAGCAUUGCUCCCUCCAAAAAAAAGGAAAUCGCUGGUGGUGCUUUCAGAGCCAUGAUUGCGGGUACUGUCGCCUGUUUCAUGACAGCCUGCGUUGCAGGAAUGCUGAUUGUCCCUGCUCUGGAAGUUCCUUGCCACAUCUUAUUAGGAAGUGCCUUCAAUUCCACAGAUUUCCCUGCCAACAGCACAGAGCUAGUCGAAUGCUGCCAGCAACUCUUCACCAGGGCUACACAAACAGAAUACUUUGGCACAGGAAGUACCACUGACAGCUCCUCUGACUUUGGCUGCAGUACUAAUGGCAGCAGAAGAUGCUGAAAUGAUUGUCCAUAGUCCCUGUACAGCAUCUAAGAAGGGAACUGAAGAUAUUCGUUGAUGGGACUUACAGGGAGAGGAGAUUGCCAGGAUUAGAUGCAGGAGCUCAGGGUUUUGUAUCAGUAGAGUAAGGGAAAGCAGUUGUAGGAAAAAAGCCUGACAUUUGUUAGAAUGACUUUAUUAAUACAAAAUCCUUUAAUUAAACCUUCCUCAUUAUGUCUGUAGUGUACCAACACAAUAUCUAUGCUGUUUUCUGAUGCCCAGCCUCUUUCAGUUAUUUUCUUUAGCUGAAACUUCAAGUUAUUUGAUAACUAUGGCAAAUGAAAGGAAGGAAAUGGCCUUGUGAAUGGGAGUGAUUAUGUCUUGAAACAGGUAUACUGGUGACAGCUUAGUUCCUUUGCUUUUCUUUUGAACAUUCAUGUUUGCUAAGCUGAAGUGGUGAUUAAGUUCAGGAAAUUCACACUUUUCCACCCAAAAUUUUUGGUUGACCCUAAUACAAACCAUCCAUCAACUUCUGUAGCAGAGGUUUCUUGAGCAGUAAUUUCUGCCCCCCUUAUGCUGCGCUCAUUUCUUCCUGGUGAGCUUACUUGUUUUUAGCACUCACCUGCUCCUGCAGAGAAGCUGCAGAAUGCCUGUCAAACAGAUCAAAGAGCAUAUCUACCAUUGUUUCCUGAGGGCCCAUUGUUUAUCCACUCAUUCACUUUCUGCUCUUUCACAUACUACUCUAAAGGGCCUACAUUGUUCAUGCUGCAUUAUGAGAACUCUAAGACUGAUAGCUUGUCCUUUGUGUAUGUGUCCAUUUGUCAAACAAGGGGAGCAUUCUGGCUGAUGCAUAAACAUUUUUAAGCAAUCAUGUUUCAGGGGCAGUUCUAUAUGAUAAACUAGCAAACUGAGGUGGGAAUGAGAAAUACAGGGAUUAUUAAACAAACAGCAUUUCCCUUUCCAAAGAGCAAGUUGACCUUUUAAAAUACUCCACUGCUCAGGAAAAUUCCAGCUUUUGAUAAAUUUUGUCCAGUGAAAUCCAUUUAAAAAGAAGUUGGGCAAGCCUCUCUGGAUUUUGUGGUUGUCUAUUCCAAAUGGCCAACUGCCAGCAGUUUUGCUGAGAGUGGGAGCCAUCUGAUAUUCCAGCAUAGAGAAAGACAGUGAAAGCAAGACACAGGGAAUCAGAGAACCGAAUGGAAUUCAGAGCACAGCCUGUAUUUUAUGUGCAGUUUGAGAGACAGCACAAGUUCUACUAAAACACGAUUUGGCUGGUAACCAGCUGUUGUUCAAUAGGCUCUUUUUAAGCUCUAAACAUGUAAAAGAUGUGCUUAUUAUUUACAACUUGUUAAAUAUGGGCUUGAACAGCUCCAGUAUGAGUCAAACAUUCCUUCAAUAUAGGAGUAAAAGAGAAAGACCUUACAGAUGUUUCUGAUGAGGGACUACAACAUCCUGGAAUACUUCCUGCUGUGUGUUAGCCCUGUGUUUGCACUUUUCCCAGUGUCAGACUUAAACACAAUGUGCUACAAAUGCUUUGCAUUUAUUGACCUAGAGGCACUUUCCAAGUUGACUGCUCUUUGCCUGAAUAGUAGCAAAACUUCCCAUCAGAUGGUAUCCCUGGACAUAUGUUUACUAUAAUGUGUAACUGGGCAUUUACUACACAAUUUACAUAAAUCUUCUUCCUGUUCAGCAGCUAAAAGCUUGCCCAGACUCAAGCUGUGGCUAGUUUGCUAUCUAGGCUAGGUGCUAAAUCCUGAAACAGAUUUUGGGCUCAGCUUCUUAAGCCGUCCAUUCUGUAGUGAGAGUGCAGCUGAUGUCUGCUAGCUUUAGAUAUGUAGGUGUCCAGUGCCUCCCAUUUCAUACCCAAGGAAGAAACAUGUUCUUUUAUGAAUCAGCGUGGAAGAAUCACAGAACCUCAGGGUUUAUUAAGGCGUCAGGACACAUCUGUCUCUACUUCUGGGUAACAAACACCAGCUGUCAAUGUGCCAGCAAGGGAACAUUGGUAGGCUGACCUGCAUAGACAAACUGAAGUAGAAAAAAAAUCUGGCUUGUCUUUGCAGUGAGGACACUCCACUCAACAUUAAAGUCUAGAGUUCCCAAGCCUGUUGUCAGGUUAGGACACACCCCCCCCCCCAUUUCUGUGUAACAGCAGAGAGCUCUCAGUCCUUCCCAUUGUCAGAGAAAACAGCAGGAGUCGAGUACCUUGACUUCCCUGUAGUCAGAACUUGAAAAUUAUUUCAAUUAAAAUCAUUAAAGUCUUUGAAAACAACAUGACAUGCUUGUGCAGUCAUAUGACAAGUAUUUAUGAACAAAACUUGACAAUUUCCGGAUAAUUACAGAAAAAAGGAGGAUUUAAAUACAAUCACUCAAUGAAAGUAGCAUCAGUUUAAAGUUUAAAUUUCUUAUAACUUAUGCUGUUAGUAGUGCACUCAGCUCAGUAAUAAUAGAGAAAUUUCAGCCCUUUAAUAUUAUAUAUUAAUGUAUUUCAGUGAAUAAUACGAUGUGAGUUAACCUGGGUAGGCAGCUCACUCACUUUCCCCCUUCACCCCUGGUGGGACAGGAGAAGAGUAAAGAAAGAGUAAAAGCAAAAAACCUUGUGGGUCCAGAUAAAAAUUGUUCAAUAUGUAAAGGAGGAGUGGAAGAAGAAAGAAAGAAAAUGAAGCAAAACAAGUGAUGCAAGAGCUAUCACUAGCCACCUCCCAUGGGUUGACUGAUGCUCAGCCAGUUCCCAGACAAAACGUGGC